AUUACUCGAUUCAAAACAAGCAGACGACUCGUCAAACCGUCAGAGCACUUUCAGAUUUCUUUAUUUAUUUUCCUACUACCACAGUUCAAAAUUUCUACUCAGUUUCAGUUCGAAUGCCGUAGGUUCUACAUCUUUGCGGACUCUACAAAAGUUUAACAUAUUUGCUUUCAUUGGUAAAACAUUACGAUGGAAUUAUCCAACAAUUAUGAGGAACUUACUUUCUUUCAACGUUACGAUGAGAAUGUACUGAGUGAAUUCAUCGAAAUUGCCUAUGAGUAUUUAGUAAAUAAAAACAAACAUAAAUCAUACUCAAAUGCUGCAUUGAAGUUGAAUGUUGAAUGCUUUGCAAUUGAAAAAUUGAUUGGAAAGUUAUCAGAUCUUCUAUUGGAGAGUGCUAAGCUUACAAUUACUGAAGCAGAAUUUGUGAGCAAUUUGCAACCUAUUCUGUUUGAUAAAGUGCAUUUGUUAUGGGAACAAGUUUUUUUGAAGAGAAAUUUGCUUAAAGAAAUGCUGACAAAAACUGAAAUUAAUUAUGCUCAUUUCUCAUCUUUGAACUGGAGACUUGAAAACACUAUUGCAUCAAAAUCACUGGAGUCUUGUGAAAACACACAUUUUUUAAUGGAGAUUCAGUUGAAAAACAGAGACGAUAAAGAACAACGUCAUUUUAUUACCGACAUUCCUAACAUCUUUCAUUUUACUAAUGUACUGGAGAGUGCCUUAAAUGAAACAAAAACUAGUCACAUUCGCAGAGGUCCAACAUCUAACUGAUCGACCAAAAUUUUGUUUGCGUGUUUCAACAAAUGUAUUGAUUUGAAGGAGAUUGCAUGUUUAAUUUAAAGAAAUUGAAUAACAUUCCUGUUUGUUUCUACAGUUCAUUUACUUAAAUAACUAAUAAGUAGAAAAGUGUUGCAGCAUUCAGACAUCCAUUCAUAUUCAAACUAUUUCAUCCUGUGAGAUUACUUAAAUGAACUCUCAUAACUAACUACUUGGUGUAUACAUCCACAAUUACAAGUGUAGUCUAUAUCAAUGAAGAGUUUAUGAUGCCUGGCAUUUAUCAUCAAUGACCUGUAGAAGAGCUUGUAAAGAACUCUAUGAAUACUACAUUUGUAUAAUUAGACUCGUCACUUGGUGGUGUGGUCUACGUUCUUAAGUGUCAUUCCUAUAGCAA